AUGUCAGAUGCAAAAAGACAAAGUCUACAAGACACCGGCUUAGUUGAAUGGUCUGUCUUCAGCGAAUUGGUGGCAAUGGAUGAAGAUGAAGAAGGGUUUUCUCAAUCGUUAUUUGAAACAUUCGUUGAACAAGUCUUGGAUACAUUCGAACAAAUCAACGAAAACCUCAAGGACAAAAACUUGGACAAGUUAUCAGCAUUAGGUCAUUACUUGAAAGGUUCAGCCGCAGCGUUGGGAUUAACUAAAAUAUCUACUCAAUGUGAGCGAAUUCAAAACUAUGGUCAUAAAGUCAACUUCGACAACUUUGAAUUGACUAGCGAUAGUUAUGCAAAAUCCAAAAGAGAAUCAGAUGAAAAUAAGCAUACUGAAGAUUCGGAAGAUAUUGCAAUACCGGACGAAAGCAGUGACGAGUUCUGGAUAGCAUUGAUUCAAGACGCUCUUGAUAAAGCAAAGGACGGCUUUGAGAAGUCUCGAGCAGCUCUCAACGAAUACUUUGAGUUCUAG